AUGAGAAAUACCGUUGGAUUCAAUCAUACGAAUACGGAAUCAGAAGGCGUCGAUGAGGUGAACGUGUUGAUCGACUCGUUCAGUGGACGAACGAUUCGAGUGCGUGUCUCGAAGAAGGAAGGAAAACAAGAUGAGAACCUUCUGUCGGAGGGUAAACAGACAGACGACGAUGUGGAUGAAGAGUCGCAAUCGAUUUGGAGCAGCAUUUCUUCGAAAUUGAGUGGUGGUGAGAAAUACGAAACAAUUAAUAUAUUCUCGUUGGCAUCGGGUCAUCUCUACGAGCGUUUCAUUCGCAUAAUGAUGCUGAGCGUUAUGAAGCACACCAAACAUCCAGUCAAAUUUUGGUUGCUCAAAAAUUACCUCUCACCGCACUUCAAGGUGUCCUCAUUCAUCUAUCUCUAUCAUUGUUACUCUCGAAUUCUGAUAGAAUCAGUUCGGAUUAUUUCCAUUGUGAAUUCCGAACGGCUUGAAGAAAUUUCUCUAAUUGUUGAAAAUUCCUGUUAG